UUGUGUGAGUGUGUGUCAGAGUGUGGUGUGUGUAUGAGAGGGGGGGAGCAGAACAAGCAGGAGGGGAGCUGUUUUCUUGUGUGUAUUUAUGUGUGUGAGUAUACGGAAGAGAGAGGAGGGCUAUUUUGAAUGCGCACCUCAGUGAGAAAGAGCGAGAGAGGGAGGGAGGAAAGGAGGAGAGAGAGAGACGACUGUGUUGAAUGUGUCACAAGGAGAGAAAUCAAAUUGGUCCGUGAAAUCUGUGUGACUCAAACACAGUGUUCUCUGUGUCCAAGGGUGAGGGAGGGAGGAGGAAAGGAAGAAAGCAAGGGAGAGUGACAGACAGAAGGCUACAGAGAAUGAGGCGAGGACAAUCACAUUUAUCCACUCGCUCAGGAAGCAGAUAAAGAAAACUACUGAGCCUCUUGCCUGCUUAGUUCUACAGCUGAAUCCAUAAAAGCACACAAAAGGGAGAUCAACUGCAGUGCUGAGGAAACUGAUAACUGUCUCUAAGCUGACUGAAACAGAGACACACACGCCAUCAUUUCUCUUUUCCGUUUUUUGUAGUAGCACAGAAGAUUUUUAGUGUGCGCCAGUGUUUGCUGAUAGGCAGAACAAUCACAACAUCGGACAGUGAUUGGUUCUAUUCCUCACUAUAUAAAGAGCUGUGGGUGGUUUGAAGAGUUAUAAGAGGACCAUUAAUACCCAUUCGGACACAUAUUCCUGAGAUACCUGAUACGACACAGGAUUCUCCUGCAAGACCAUGACAUCACAUGGCAAACUGAGGAAGGAAAGGGGGUGUCUGGCAGAGUAUGAGACGCAGAUCAAAGAGGUGCGUAGUCAGCUUUCAGAGCAGCUGAAGGUGUUGGAUGCACAGUUGGAGCAGAAGACACAACAGCUCCAGGAUCUUAGUGAUUAUUUACGCCGUCGGGGGGAAAUCGAGGCUGAGUAUGCACGGUCUCUGGAAAAACUCAGCGAGAGAUUCACCCUUAAGACCAAAAAGAAGGAGCAUACGGACCAGUCUGUGUCCCAGUGCUGGUCAGUGCUGCUAACGCAGACCAAGCAGGAGAGCCGGGACCACAGCUCGCUCAGUGAGAUCUGCAGCACCACCUUCACCCAGCGCCUGUCUCACUGCAUCGAAGACACACACCGCCUGGCCAAGAAGAGUAAAGAAGUGGGUCUGCAGAUGCAGGAUGAACUCCUAAAGGUCACCACAGAGCUGCAGACGGCUCUAAAAACUUAUCACCAGUAUCACUCCGAAUGUCUUGCUGCUGAGGGCAAACUCAAAGAAGCUGCAAGACUGGAGGAGAAGCAGACUGGCAAGGGGUCUGAACUCAGCAUUGGCCAAUCGGGAGGGCAGAGGCGCAGCUCAGUAAAGAAGAUGGAAAGGCUAAUGGAAAAGAGGCAAGGGAAAGUACAAGAAACCCAGCUGAAGUGCACUAAAGCUCGCAAUGACUACCUGCUCAACCUCGCAGCAGCCAAUGCUGCCAUGAAUAAGUACUAUCUUGAGGACAUAUGCACUCUGAUUGACUGCACGGAUCUUGGCUACCACCUGUCUGUGGCACGGGUGAUGCGUGGCUACCUGUCCAACAGAAACCGGGCGCAGCAGAACCUGGAGAAUGGGUUGCAGCAGCUUGAAAAAGCGGUGAAUGCUAUGGACCAGGGCCAGGACCGAGAUGCCCUGCUGCAGGCCCACAACUCAGCCUUCUGCCUGCCAUUCCGCUUUCAGCACCAGCCACACGAGGGAGACCAGGUCUGUGAGGUGAGUGCUGACUGUCAGGUGAGGUAUGAGAUGGAAACCAGAUACCAGCAGUUGCAGUCCAGACUGGCUACCGUUACCCUGGAAACAGAGGAGGUCAGUAAAACUCUCAAGGCGACCUAUGCUGCUCUACUGGAGAGUAUCUGCGAUGAUGACUGUAACCCCGCUCCUGAUGUCUCAGCGAACCUAUCACAGGAGAGCACAGGCGAUGGCCCUAACACCAAGCUGAGCUUAACCAAGCGCAGAGCCAAUCAGCAGGAAACAGAGACCUUCUAUUUCAACAAAGUGAAGGAGUAUCUCAGUGGUAGCUCUCUGAUUUCCAAACUCCAGGCCAAACAUGACCUGUUCAAGGAGGCCAUACAGAAAGCUGAGGCAGUUGACAGUGAUCCCUCCAGAAUGCCGUCUGGUAGGUCAGUGCGUGUGCGGAAAGCCAGACCUUGCUCCCAGUACAACCACAAACUCUUCUCUGGAGACAUGCUGUCCUUCAUCCAGAGCUCUGGGCAGCAGAUCCCCUUAGUGGUGGAAAGCUGUAUUCGCUUCAUCAACCUCCAUGGUCUGCAUCACGAGGGCAUAUUCAGAGUGCCGGGCUCUCAGAGCGAAGUCAAUAAUAUCAGAGAUGCAUUUGAAAGAGGGGAAGAUCCUUUGACAGACAGUGAGUGUGACAUUGACUCAGUAGCAGGAGUUCUGAAACUGUAUUUCAGAGACCUGGAGAAACCUCUCUUCCCAGAGGAGAGCUUCAGUCAGCUGAUGGAGUGUGUCCAAAUUGAGAACAUGGCAGAGAGUGCAGCUCAGUUAAAGCUAGUGGUCUCAUCCUUCCCCAGACCCCUCAUCAUAGUGAUGCGCUAUCUGUUUGCCUUCCUCCAUCAUGUUUCUCAGUACAGUGAUGAGAACAUGAUGCAGCCCUAUAACCUGGCUGUGUGCUUUGGGCCCAGUCUGCUGAGAGGUGGGGCCGAGUCGGGUGAUGCAGUAACUCUGCAGCCCCAGAUUAAUGCCCUGGUUAAGACCAUGAUCCUCCAGCAUGAGAGCAUCUUCCCCAGCCCUGCUGAGCUUCCAGGCUCUGUCUAUGAGAAAUGCAUGACCCUGGAGCAAGAAUACUGUGAACCUAUUACAGAGGAAGGUGAAGGAGAGACUGAGCAUGCUCCAAGUGAGGAUGAGUGGGAGGCUGUGGCUAUGUUUGAUUAUGUUGCACGUUCUGCAGCCGAGCUGUCAUUCAAGCAGGGGGACCACGUCCUACUCCACAGCAAGGCCUCUGCUGACUGGUGGAAAGGAGAAGUAGGAGGAGUCAAAGGUCUCAUUCCUCAUAAGUACAUCAGUGUGCCUGAGGGGGCGGAGAGAAAGCAGGAGCGAGGGAAGAGGGAGGAGAGCCGAGGCGGCAGCACGGGAAAUCUAGCUGAUGAGCAGCAGGCUGAACACAGCACCCGGAUGCGGGUGAACAGUGAUAGCGCGUCUCUGCCGGGAAGGCAGCGGACCGCCAGUGGAAGUGGUGUUGUGGUAGGAGAAGGAGGGGGCAGUGGAAACAUCAGCCCAAUACGCAAAUUCCCCAUGCAGGUACCAGAGGGCCGACUCUUCUUCCCGCAACAAUCACCUGGCAUGGCCCGGCAAUUCACAGGUCUACAGGAACGGAGACAUACCUUGGACAGUGUCAGGCCCAUUGGAGGAACAGCAGAAAGACAGACAGCGCAGUCAGUUGAUAAGGAGGUCACCCGGCAGAUGAACUCGGUAUUCAAAGAGCUCCUUUCCCGGCAACCUCCUCAAGACAGUAGUGUUUCACCAGCUAUGUCCUCCUCCUCUUCCUCCUCCUCCUCCUCCUCCUCAGUGUCCACUGCACCUUCUCGGCAGUCCAUAAAGAGGGGGGCAGGAUUCGGCCUGCGCAGCCGAGGCCUUUUCAAACCCUCCGACCAGCAGGACUGAUAGAGGAGGGAUAAAAGAAAGAGAGCAGAAAAUGCAUAAAUGGAAGGCAAGGGCAAGAGCUAACAUACAGCAGAGAUUAAUAUAUUUUUUCUAAAGUAUAAUAUGAUGUUUGUGAGACCUCAAUUCUGAAAAAAUUUUGUUUAUGAAAAGUGACUUUGGUUCAUGUAGUGCCAGUGACUUAGCCUGUCAUUCACAAUGGUAUUGAAACUAUUCACUGGUCUUGCAACUGGUUUUGUUUGUGCUUAACAUAAACUUAAUGGUACGUUAAUGUAGAACCUUUUUCUAUAAUUUGUUUUUGCCCCAUUACAAUGAUCAUUCAUUAUAGUGAUGUGCAGUGGAGUGACUUAAUUCUAUCCUUGCAUUCAUACACUGUUUUUAACAUGCCCUUGCAAUGGUGCCUCAUGUAUGGUACCCAGUUUUUUCAACCAGAAUGCACUUGCUUGCUAUGUGGCUAUGUAGCACCCAAUUUGAACUUACCAAAUGCUAUUUUCAAAUAUUCUUGUGUCUUCUGGCCAAUAUCUAGGAAUAUUCUACAGUUGUUUUUUCUAAAUCCCUCAAGUCUCCAAGACUUCAUCCCACAGCCCACUCACAGGUGCUGUUCAUUCCUUAAGGGGAAAUAAUGUGAAAGUUAAUGAGGGCAUGUUAAAAGCAGUUCUGGAAGGCAGCAAUUUAUUGAAGUGUAACUUUCAUUAUCAUUGGGACUUAUUGGUUUCUCCCUACAAACUCAAAGAUCCACUGCUUUACAGCAUUAAUGCAAUGAGUGUGUCAUCUAUUACUCAUAGAGGGAAAACGACUAUAAACAUAAAUUUCCAUUCUGGCUGCAACAGGAAUAGACAACUAUUUUUUGAAAAUUAAUAUUUUUAUAGUAAUUAUGUUUUUUUUAAUGAUUAUUUUUAUUUCCAAGUUGUUUGCUUAAAUUUUUUUUUUCAUUUUGUUAGAUGUUUAUAUUUGUUGACCUGAUCUUAUUGAAUUUUUUUUUUUAUUUUUUUUUUUUAAAAACUCAUUCUAAAGAGGAGGAGAUGCAUUGAAACAAAUCAAAUCCCUUACCUUAAAAAACAGAACAAUCAUAUUAUCAGCUACAAGUCUCCAUUUAUUAAAACAAUAUAGCCACUGUUAUGAAUACAGGACUAUCCACUGAAAAUGAUGGAAUAUGCAAUUUAAUCUAGGACUAGGCUCUGCAAAAUAGUCACAGGAGAAAAAACGAUUACAAAAAAGCAGAAAGAAAGUGGAAAGACCUUAUUUUGGUUAUAUCAUACAUUAGCGUGAUUUUUUCCCCAUAGUCUUUAUGCAAUCAUAUGUGUAAUGUGAAAUCUUCAAGUCAAAGAUCAUUGUACAAAAAGUGCAAUAAGUGACACGUGGACACACACAUGCAAAAACAUCUCAUGUAGGAAUGGUGCGACAACCAAAAUAAGGGCAACUACAGUAUGUUGCUACACUUCACCCCAUCAACUUAUCUUAUCUUUGUCACGCACAAAAAGUCUGCUGGAUAUCUGGGAAGACAAGUGUCUAUGAUAUAUGUGAUAGCUCAGGAGCACCUAGAGAGAGGGACAGAGAUAAAGGAAGAGCUGUAGAUGAGAAAGGAAAUGAUUGACAGGACUGACCAAACUGUGAACGAGCUGAUGCAACCACAGGUAGUACAGCACCACUUUCACUUCCUACUACACCCAAGUGUACACAUCUCAUGGGUUUCCCCUGCUCUACUCCACAGAGAAGGGGGAGAGCUAUGUUGACUAAAAAGCAGCUUAGCCUGUAAGGUUGCAUACAACCCAUCAAAGACAAGCCAGUCUGACUGCGCCUGAUUCAUGUCUGGUUCAAGUAUGCAAAUUUGAGAAAAAUUGGCAUUUGUGCCACUUUCAAGGAUGACACAAACAUGAAUUGAGAAAAUACCACAAUCCUGUCAGUCCAGUGCAUUCCGUACAGGAAGCUUGUUUAUUUGAUUAUUAAUCCUAAAGAUUGAUGUGAGUGCAUCUGGAAUCCAAGAUUAGACUAAUUAUUAGGCUAAAGAACCUUCAAAAGCUCAAAUAGUCAGCAAAUAUUGAAACAAGUGAGGAAAAACGACCACGAGGUUUGCUUUGGUCUUAUAGGUGUAGUUGUAAUAUGCAGCCUUACAAGCUGACUGGCCUUUUAGUCCAUAGCUGUUGUACGUUUCUUCUUUUUGUGCCACUCACUCCUAUAUCCUUUCAGAAAAUGUGUUUCAUAAUGUGUUACAUAAUGACAAAUGUGUUACAUAAUGACUUGUUGUUGUUGUAUGACUUGCAAUAUUAUCACAAUAAAUGAUGUAAAUUCUAAAAUA